AUGAUUCACUCCUUGUUUCCCACUUUUUCAGCUAAAGCAAUCCCCACAGACGCCCCCUCCACACAGCCUCCAGUCGUGACACCAGGGAGCACAAUGGAUGGCAGCCCCAAAGGCAAAAGCUCCAGCGCCACAGCCGGAGGUUUGCUACAGUCAGUGCUGGCUCACAAAGGGCGACUUGUCUCCCAGAAAGGAGACAUUGUCCCCUCCGCUCUGCCCCAGAACCUGCUCCCUCUUCUGGGCAGAGGACUCAGCGUCAGCUCCCUCCCUGGAAGUCAUUCCCUGGAGCAUCAAAGCGGGGGAUUACUGAGGAGGGUAAAACCCCCAGCAUCAGCUGCAGUGUCAGGCCCAGGCAGCGAUCCAACCCAACUUCCUCCUACUGACACACACUCCCAGCUGCCUCACACACAGACGCACACACCUGAGCAGGAGACUGAGAGCACCACUGUGGGCACAAUGCUGGAUGUAGACACAGAGACAGGAACUCCAUCAGCUGUGUCGAGCUGUGUGGUGAAUUUCUCCGACCCAGAAGGAUACAUAGACUCGGCAGAUGACCCCCCUCUGCCAGACGGCACCAUGAUACACUGCACCUACACUGUGACUGUGUACACCGGCUACGGCGUGGAGCUGCAGGUGAAGAGUGUGAACCUGUCGGAGGGCGAGCAGCUGUCCAUCAGGGGCAUAGACUCACGAGGUUCUCUGCUGGUCCUGGCCAACCAGACUCUGCUGGUAGAAGGGCAGGUGAUCCGCAGUCCCACCAACACUCUGUCCGUCUACUACGGCUCCACGCUGGAGGGAAGCAUGGGCAUCUUCCAGCUGCACUAUCAGAUCUUCAGGCUGAGCUGUUCACUGCCAAAGAGGCCUCACUUUGGGGAGGUGUCAGUGCUGGACCUUCUGCCUGGAGGCACGGCCCGAUUUCACUGCCACAUGGGUUACCACCUGCAGGGGGAGCCGCUACUCACCUGCAUCAACGCAUCCCUGCCGGUGUGGAGCGGCAAGGAGCCCAGCUGCAGGGCUCUGUGUGGCGGCACAGUGAAGAAUGCGACAGUUGGACGAGUGCUGUCACCUUCCCCCCACCACGGACCCAACGCCACCCAGGACCGCUCCUGUUCCUGGUCCCUGGAGGCACCCAAAGACCAGAGGUUGCACCUCCACCUGGAGAGACUGGCCUUAGGACCCACUGACAGGCUGGUGUUGUGGAGCGGCCUGGAUGCCGGCUCAGUGGUGCUGUUCGACUCCGGUCGGGGUGGACAGAUACCCUUUGAAGGAGUGAUCAGCGAGGGUCCGGCUGUAAGGAUCCAGUUCAUCACCGAUCUGCCCAACCACAACACGGGAUUCAACAUCCGCUACGAAGCAUUUGAGCGUGGUCACUGCUACGAGCCGUACCUCCAGAAUGGAAACUUCACAACCUCUGACCUGUUGUAUGGGGUCGGAGCUGUGGUCCAGUUCACCUGUGACCCGGGCCACGCUCUAGAACAAGGCCCGCCGGUUAUCGAGUGCAUCAGUGCGAGGGAUCCGUACUGGAAUGACACGGAGCCACUAUGCAAAGCACAGUGUGGAGGCGACCUGACUGGUCCAGGAGGAGUGAUUCUGUCUCCAAACUGGCCAGAGUGGUACGGGGAGGGGGAGGACUGCAGCUGGAGGAUACAUGUUGGGGAGGACAAACGAGUGCUGCUCGACGUACAACUAUUGAACAUCAGCGACAGUGACAUGCUGACCAUUACUGACGGUGAUGAGGUUACGACACGUAUCCUGGGGCGGUAUGUUGGAGGAAGCAGCCCCUUCAAGCUCUCCUCCUCCACCCCUGACCUGACUGUCACCUUCCACUCCGAUCCGGCGGGGCUCGUCUUCGGAAAAGGAGAAGGCUUCAUCAUAAACUAUAUGGAGGUGUCCCGAAACGACUCGUGUCCAGACCUGCCUGAGAUCCAGAACGGCUGGAAGACGACGUCCCACGUUGCUCUGGUGCGAGGAGCUCGUAUCACCUACCAGUGUGAUCCUGGUUACGACCUGGUGGGACGAGAGACCCUCACCUGCCAGUUAGACCUCUCCUGGAGCUCACAGCCCCCGUUCUGUGAAAAGAUCAUGUACUGUUCUGAUCCCGGCCAUGUGGAGCACUCCACCAGGUCUCUGUCAGACCCAAAACUCCUGGUUGGUACGACCAUUCAGUACAGCUGCAGCCCGGGUUUCAUCCUCCAGGGCGGCGCCACCAUCACCUGCUACGGCCGAGAGCCUGGGACCCCUGUGUGGACGUCCAGACUCCCUCACUGUGUCUCCGAGGAUUCUGUUUCCUGUGAGAACCCCGGUCUCCCUGACAAUGGCUACCAGGUCCUGUCCAAGAGGCUUUACCUGCCCAGCGAGUCACUCACCUUUGUCUGUUACCAAGGCUACGAGCUCAUUGGAGAGGUCGCAAUUAAAUGCAUCCUAGGAAACCCGUCGUUUUGGAGCGGCCCUCUCCCACUCUGCAGAGCCAACCAUGACUGCUUUGGCAACCAUGCUUUGGAAGUUGCCGAGGCGACUGCAGGCUCCACUCUGGAUGGAGGGAACGUAGCGUUGGCCAUCUUCAUCCUGGUUCUCCUGCUGUCUGUGCUGCUGGGAGGAGCGUAUGUCUAUGUCACACGGUGCCGAUAUCACUCCAAUUUAAGGCUGCCUCUCAUCUAUCCUCACCCAUACCGACAGAUCACUGUGGAGACCGAAUUUGACAACCCGCUCUAUGAGACUGGAGGACAGGACACUCGUGAAUAUGAAGUAUCAAUAUGA